AUGCGCGCAGAGGCGUGGUUCUCGCGUGUCAUCUACCCCCUCGACUUCGACCUUCGCCAGGUGGAUCGCAGCAUGGAGACUGUAAGGGAAGAUUUAUCCGCCGACUCAGAUGGGCCAACCACCUUGACAAGCCUUCCAGGGGAGCUUAUCGUCAAAAUCAUAGAAUGUCUCGAAUGGACAGAUAUCCUGAGCCUACGACAGUGUUGCCAGCCACUCUACUCGUUGACCAAAGAGCGAUCAGUGUGGCUGGCUUUGUUCCAUCGAUACUACGAAACAGAGUUCGCCCGACCUUUCUUCCUUCCCAAGCCACUCUCUUUCUGCACCGCGCAGGAUCUGGAGUCCCGGAUUCUGCGAUGGUGGCUUGGCCUAUACCGACUACCCGACACUUCCCUUGAACCCGAUGACCAUCCCGUCGCCGAUGAGUUCUGUUUUCCGCGGGGCCUCAUGCCCGUAGGGGGCUACUACCUCUUUCAGUCAGAAGAUGGAGGCCUUUGGUACCAGCGUCCCAGCGGCCUGCCUCGCCAGCUGACUCCACCUGCAAUUAGCCUUGAUGGCCUCAGCGGCAAUGUUUAUUGCUCCUUUGACCUCCUCUCCGGGCACAUUGGCGAUACACCGGGGCAGCCGAGCUACACCACGAUAGAGGACGCGACGUUUCCGACAUCCUUCAACAUGGUGACCCUCGGCGUUUACCGGAAGACGUCGACCUCUGGUAGUAGGAUCGUAUACAUGUCCAUUAUUCGGGUAUGGCAAAUCACAGUGGAGUAUGAGGGAGAUGAGGAUGAGGUCUCGUAUACCUCUCGGUUGUUGAAGACCUUCAUUCACCCUGACCCUCGCGGGAAAGCAGUUGAAUGCUCACUCUACGGUCGUCAUCUUGCUUAUCGGGUGGCGUUGCCUCCAGUGGACCCCUUUGGCUGGGAGGACGAGGAUCGGGAGCUGGUCUGUGUUCAGGAUUGGACCGUUGAUUCCGUUGACGAGCCAUGGGAUAAAUUUAGUCCGCGGAUUGUCUUCCGUGUUCCCGACCGGACAGAGGGAAUAUUUCUCCUCCCAAAUCAGCAUAUCCUUGUAUAUGCCAAGGGGGCGGGGAAAGUACAACUUCUCGAUUUCAAGCCACUGCCUCCAACGCAUCAUCCAUUCCCCUCUUACGACAACCUGCCAAUUGCGAGCUCAGCUUGGGAGCAUUGGAUCCAUUCUGCACUUACCCAUUACGCCAUGAGACCCUUCUACAUCCGGAACUCCAUCCGCUUCGUCAUUCCCAACCACGACGCCCUGACUGGCGUCAAGAUCCCGUUAGCCGCACUGCAGGGCGAGUCAAACGAAGUCCCUGAAGUUCUGAUCUUUAGCAAAGGCCAUUCUGUAUUCUGCAACGCUACUCCUGGGGCGAUGAAUCCGGCCCCAGGAUAUUACAACAACAAUCUCAAACCCGGUUGA